AUGGAAGUGCCUGUAGCAGAAGCAUUGCCAGGGAAAGGAAAAAAGCGUAAAAGACAGCCGGAGAAAUGGAAGGCGAACAAAGCGAAAACUGACAGAUCGUUUUACUCAAAACCCAUCAAACAUCAUCAAGAUGCGUUAAUAUUAAAGUGCUGUUCAGUGAAGAAAACAGUCAGAAAGCGGCCCGUAAAAAACACUAGAAAAAGUAGAGAUUUUGCGAUUAAAUACACAAUUUACGCAAAGUCACUUAAGAAGGCAAUUCCAGUUUGCCAGAAAGUAUUUUUAAAUACACUAAAGAUAACGAAGUAUCGUGUUCAGUUCGUCAUGCAAAACUUCUUUAAGUCUGGUCGGAUUCCUACAGAAAAAAGAGGCGGUGACCACAAGAAACAGAAGUAUGCAGCACAAAGACAAUCAGUUCAUGGCUUUUUAAAGUCUUUAAAAUGCGUUGAAGCACAUUAUUGCAGAGGAUUAUCGCAGCAACGUAAAUACCUACCUAAUGAACUCAAUGUUAAAAAAUUAUUUAAACUUUUUAAACAAGUGCACCCAAACAGCCCAGUCAAACCAUCUUACUUUAGAUCUAUCUUUAAUGAGGACUUUUAUCUUGGUUUUGGGAGUCCAAGGACGGAUGUAUGCUCGAAAUGCAUUGAACUGCAAGAAAAACUGAAAAACGAAAAUGAUCCAUCGAAGAAAAGCCGACUGAUGACAGAGAAAAGGAUACACAAACUAAGAGCACAAGCAUUUUUUAAAUUACUCAAAGAUAAAAAAGAGCAAAUGAUUACGUUCUCAUUCGAUUGCCAAAAGAAUUUGGUACUUCCAAAAGUACCCGACCAGAGUUGUUACUACAGCAGACAGCUGUAUCUGUAUAAUUUUACAGUAGUCCAGGGUUCAUCGAAAGAUCCCUUGAAUGAAAACACCACAUUUGCAUACAUCUGGACAGAAAAUGAAUACGCUAAAGGUUCAAACCAAAUAGCUUCCGCUGUAUACGAUAGGCUCAACAAAACUGACCUGACUCAUGUAACCCACGUCCGUUUAGUGGCAGAUGGAUGCGCAGGCCAAAACAAAAAUUUAAUUAUGAUUUCCAUGUGCAUGCGUUGGAUUUUGGAAAAUCGACAAAUAAAGCAAAUGGAACUAGUGUUUCCCGUGACAGGCCUUUCUUUCAUGCCGCCUGAUCGAGUUUUCGGCAAUAUUGAAAAAAGUAUCCGAAAAAUGGAGGUCAUCACUUCUCCAGAAGAGUACGUCGAUGUAAUCAGUCAACACUCUACAGUUACGAAACUACGAGAUAUACCCGUGCUUGACUGGAAAACUUCUAUUCACAGUAUCGUAAAAACACCGGCUCAAAUUCAGUUCAAAAUUUCUCAGUGUAAAAGAUUUAUUAUUUGA